AUGUGGGCGUUGAGUAACCAAAGUGGAAUUCCUAACCUAGCGGAACCACGUCCAUUACAAACUCAGACUGAACGUCAACAUCAUUUUGAAUCUUUCCUAGAUGCUUUGCCAAAAAUGGAAUCGCACUACUGUCGCGCUAAUUCUACAAGGACUUAUCUGGAACCAAAUUGGUCAACCCUGACAGAACUUUACAGUUUUUACCAAAAACAAGCCGCUGAAGACAAUAUUAAACACUUCUUAUGGACCCACUUUUCACAAGAAUUAAAGAAAAGAAAUAUGACUUUGUUUCAAAACCGUAAAGAUCAGUGUGAUACAUGUUUUGCAUUUACUCAAUCCAGAGUGGAUCAGAGUUCAUACGAUUCACACAUUUUGAGGCAGACAAGAAAAAUCAAAUGA